AUGAUUCUUCCAUCGCUCACCGGAUUGGCUUUUGCCAAAGUCAACUCUUCGAUUGACAUCCUCCCACUAUCCAGCCGCCCCUUGGGCCCGGUGCUCAGCAAUAAGUUCUUCCGAUCCCACUGUCCAAUCCAAUCGAUUCCCAGUAAAAAUCUUGAGGAGUACAUUUCGAAAGUACUCACGUUAACCCAUGCUAAUCUCAUGGGAACUGUAAUGGGUGAUCAAAUUGUAUCGAUGUUCAAUUCUCAGAGACAUUUGCUCUCUUUGAGUCUAGGAUACUUCAAGAAACUCGAGGAGUAUCAGAAGUCGUGCGAAAGUAGAGCGGAUUACAAGAUGUACAAGGACAAGAGUCGCCCAGGAGUCGAAAGAAAAGCGUCGCACCGGAAAGAAAUCCGCUGUGUCAUCGAUAUCGGUGCCCUUCUCAACAAUAUGAUUAGCCAAGAUUCCCGCCAGACCCUGACCCAUCUGAAUUUGAGUCCGGAACCUUCUGGACCCGUGGACCUCGGAAGUGAUGAGCAAUUUACGGAUGGUUGGGCUCAACAGGUCGGAGAAAUGCUGCCAGCUCUCACAAACCUCAUUAUCCGCCAACGUAUUCUCUCCCCAAAUGAAUUCCAAAGCAUAACCAAAUCCUUCCCAAAACUUCAAAAGUUGGAUUUGACGAACACAUGCCUGGAGUCACUGUCCGGAAUCUCCAACCUCAAAGAUCUCAAAACUCUCCAUAUCGGAUGUCUGAAAUUCAAAUCGAUUAAAGAAUUCAAAGACCUAUUUGAGCUCACGGAGCUCCGAAACUUGAGUUUCGAGGCUACUUGGACUUGCUUAUGCUGUCGAUUUGGGAAUGGAAUUCAAAUGUAUUUAAAGUCGGGUCGCACUCUACCCAAACUGGAGACUGUCGAUUUUUCGAUGAACAAAAUUGAGGAGAAAGUGGUCCGCCGCUUCGUCAAAGCUCAUCUCACUCUCAAAUCCGUGUCUAUUUGUAAGACCGGCAUUGAAAAGGUUGCUUAUCCAGGAGUGGAAGCAUUCCAUUGUAAUGGACUCGCUGGAUUAGUAAAGUCUCUCCGGCACUACACAAAACUGGAGAAUGUGAAUAUGGUGGAUGCGAUUGUCGAGGGAAUUCAUGAAGAGCUGAAGAAGAUGGAGCGGCGGCGAAACUUCAAUCCAAUGCCAACAAUUUCCAUAAUUCAUCUGGACAGAACCAGAAGAGAGCCAGAACCAGAAGAGAGGGUUGUUCAAGAUUUCCCGGCUCGACGAAACUGUAUGAUUGCUCUGAAUGCCGCCGUCGAAAAGUUUGGUUUUCUGAGGAGAAUUAUGGAAAACAGUUGCGGAGCAUAUCAACUAUUGUUGAAUUUGACACCACACGAAAACUUUCCCGUGGCAGAUAGAAUGAUGCUGGUGGAUCUCAUGCUGAACUAUGUGAUAUGGUUCUUGAGAAGACAGCCUGCUUCGAUUUCUGGAGUGGAGGUCCCAUGGAAGGUAUUGCAUUGGUUGACAGUUUCCACAAUUAUUCAAUCAAUGGAUCGACAUGGAAUCGCAAAUGUGGCGGCGUUGGCUCUCCAGACGAUUCUGAGGACAACUCCAGAGGAUUCUCGAAUUCCUUUGGAAUUCUUCUGUAUGCUGCGAGGCUACUUCAACACAAAAUCAGAUGCAUUCAGCGUCAUCGAUUUCCCGAAAUUGGUGGAGAAGCUGGAGGUACUCGUUGAAUCAGGGCCACCCGAGGAUUUUGAUGAUUGGCCCUGGAUGGUUCGAGCACACGCCGCCGAAAUACUGUAUCUUGUAAAAACUUGUUUAUCAAUAUGA